AUGCAUCUUCCUUUUCUUCUUCUCGGCCUUUCGGCCAUAUCUGCUGCUUCCAUCCCCAAUGCCAACCAUAUCUUCAACGCCAUCCACUCCUCCAUGCGCCAAUGGGGUUCCUCCCUCAACCAUAAUGGCAUGUCGUUCUUCCUCGCCUCUGUCCCAGCUGGAACAAGGCUGUAUCAUGGAAGCUCUCAUCGAGACACUCUCCGCCAUAUUGGCUGGAUGGCGUUUGACCCUGAGCAUGCGCUUGUGUUUGCCCGUCCGCCUCGAGUCCCUGUUAACGUCAACGAUGCGCAGCAGCCCCUAUCCCAAUCUACAGAAAAUGCUGGCUGGCUUCAUACGUACGAAACUACAAGAGACAUACGACUUGUUUACAUCGAUGGACUUUCAGGCGGAAAGUCUCGCAUCGGAACUCUGGAUUCACAGGAUCGUAUUCUCUUCAACGACACUCUUCCUCCCGGCGGAGUCGGCCUGGAAUCGCAACGUGCCGAGGCAGUCUGUCGCAUCGCGUCUGAGGAGUGGAACGGCCGAAUUGAUGGUGUUAUUCGCAUGGCUGCUGGGUUCGAAAUCAUACUCUGUGCGCCUGAAGAUAACCUUGCCAUGUUGGAGGUAAAUAAAGCCAAGAUGGCACAUCAACAGAGUAGAAAGAAGCCAAAGAGUGGAAAGCCUGGGGAGUUAAUGCGAGUCGUCACUUCGAGAUAUGAUGGCAUUGGAGGCGAUCGGGCUGUUGUGAACUACGACCACUUUGUCACUGCAUACGACAGUGACCUUGAUCUCUUCGCUGGUAGCACCAUGCCUCGACUCAAUCACCUGCCGCUGUCUUGUCUUCAACGAAUCAGACAGCGUCUGACAGAGAUGGCCAUGCAUCACAAAAAUGGGCAUACGAAUUGGCAGGCUAUUGCCGAUAUGACGGUAAAGCAGUACGGGCGACGCCUACGAGAUCUCGUCUCUCGUUUCACAACCAUCGAGACGUUGUCAGCAGAGAUAUCACGCAUCUGGGCAUCAUAUCGGGAUCUAGAUAGGUCAAAUUUGGCCGAUGAGGUUGAACGAUGCGCUACUCGAUUCCUCCCGGGCGUACCUAAGUCGUCUAUUGCCUAUCGUGCUGUCUACAGCAUCAAUGAGCGUAUUUGCUCUGACCUAGCUAGUGUUUUGUACGAGGACAGCUUUGAUGCCGCCAUUCUUCGGCUCCUCGAGUUGAUGGACUAUCUUGGCUGGUCUGUUUGGAAAGAAUGCCAGGAUUGUCCGGAUGACGCAUUCUGUGCCAUUCCAAUCUGGCCUCAAGGCACAGUGGAGGAUCACGAACAUCCCCGAUGCCAGCCUUUCGACUCCGCCUACGAUGGAGCCAGCGACUACUGGGGACUGGUCUGGCACUGA